AUGAACUGGCCCCAGCGUUAUGAUGCGAAAUUUGUGUCUUCGAUUCCUGCGAUCGCAGAACUAGAUAUUGAAAGAAACGAGUUAGCUCAUACCUGGAAACGCUUCAUCAGCCUACUCGUCCCGCAGGAUCAAGUCGAGUUCGAGGAGCGACCACAGACCGGACAUGAUGUGCAGACUCUACUCGGAAAUAUCAAGGCUUUCUGGAGGUCGCGACCACGAAAUAGAGUCUUCAGCGACUCCAUGGACUUGUGCGAUCGACUCCUGCCGACCAUAGACACCCACGCGACCCUCCUUGCCAGCCUCCCCGACUCCCAGUCCUACUAUACCCCCUGUUAUAUGGCGUGCUCCAGUCAGCGAUCAAGGCCUCGUCACACUACCCCCGAGUGA